AACUCAGAUAUCAACGAUACAGUUCGAUACUCCCAAGAAAUCGAGUAAACAUGGCAGCGCUAUGGCGAGCAUCGAAAUCGGGCAGUUCCCUUCUGAUGCAUCUUGCAAGACCGGCUGCUGUCACACAAUCUAGAAGUGGAACAAACUACAUUCAAGUUAACCCCGGUGAUCCUAGCAUGGACUGGAAAGACAUCACAGACAGGGCUGCAGGGACAGUGUUCAUCACUGAGCUUGUGAGAGGUGCUGGCGUCGUGCUUGGUCACUUGUUCAAGGAGCCAGCGACGAUCAACUACCCGUUUGAGAAGGGACCACUGAGUCCACGCUUCAGGGGCGAGCACGCGCUACGCCGCUAUCCGUCCGGCGAGGAACGAUGCAUCGCAUGCAAGCUCUGUGAAGCCAUCUGCCCCGCACAGGCGAUUACGAUCGAGGCGGAGCCGAGAGAGGACGGCAGUCGACGCACGACGCGCUAUGACAUCGACAUGAGCAAGUGCAUCUACUGUGGAUUCUGUCAGGAAGCUUGUCCGGUCGACGCCAUCGUCGAGGGCCCCAACUUUGAAUUUUCGACGGAGACGAGAGAGGAGAUGCUGUACAACAAGGAGAAGCUCCUGAGCAAUGGUGACAAAUGGGAGCCGGAGAUUGCCGCAAACCUUCAGGCUGACCACCUCUACAGAUAAACACAGAUGGCGUCGUAUGUGUCUGUGAUGCGUCAUACGUGCCUACUUGGUGCCCGAUUUUGACGUACUGUCUUAGUCUCCAUAUAAACAAACCAUAACAGAAACGAUGCGCUCUUGAGUUAGACAUGCUUGUCAAAUGGGUGCUUAUUUAUUUAAUGAAUAUAAAAAUUGGGUCAGUUUAGUAGGCACUUUUAUGGACACAGCUUGAAUAUUGUUUGGUAAUUGUUUAGGUUGUUAAGUUUUAUAAGUAAGCGAGAUAAGUGAGUAUGAGCUGUUAACCAUCAAGGACUUGUAGGUAAUAAGGUGACUCCAUCUAGUGGUGAGAAAAUGUCUAAACGAAGGUUUCCAGCAAGAGUAUUUUUACCAUUUUUGCAAACAAAGUUAACAGUACGAGUCUGUUUUUUGUGUUUUGCUAAUGAACUGCUAAGUAACUGUUAGGAGGUGCAGUACAAAAAAUCAUUUUGGUUGUAGGUACCAUGUAGUGCAGCAAUCAUCCAAGUGUAAAUAAAACUGUUGUGUUUACAAAAAUAA